GUCGGCCUCCGCGAAGUCAGCUCCAGCACUUGGUUGUGGUGGCUACGUCGUUCUCAGCCCCACCGACUGCAGUGCCGGUUCUUUCUCACAGAUUCUUCGUCCGCGGAGAGGGCAUCACAGCAGGAGUGGUGGCGCACUUCGCGGCGUCCCGACUGUGGCCAGACGAGGAGCUGUUCCCAGACAAAUUGUCCGACCUGGGUGGACGCAGAUUAAAGGCUGUAACUUUUCACUAUCCACCUAAGAACAUGUUGUUGAAGGCCGCCGAUGGAUCCACGAUACACGACGGCCUCGAAAGUCGACUAGUGCUCGCCUUCGCGUCAGUGCUCAACUUCGUGGUGAACUUCAGCACUCCCUCCGACGGUGGCAUGUGGGGAGGCCGGGCAGCCGACGGCACGUGGAAUGGCCUUCUUGGCGACCUGCACCACGACCGCGCUGACAUCGGCAUGGCUAACCUCUUCCGCUCUGCCGACAAACUUCGCGGUAUCGACAUGACAGUACCAUACAUGACGGACUACGCUUGUUUCUUGGCGGCCGUCCCGGAGCCACCGCCUCACUACCUGGCACUGGUGAGGCCCCUCAGCUGGCGCGCCUGGAUCGCCACGAUUUUCGCUUUCGUCGCCUCUGUUCCCGUGCUGUGGGCGCUGUCUGGUACCGCAGAUCGUCGCUUUAAGAGCUUCACCUACACUGCGUUCUACGGGUUCGGUGUGCUGAUGCAGGAAGCCAUGGAGGCUGUACCGAGGCUUCGGAGAGCGCAGCUGUUCCUAGGCCAGUUCUGGGUGCUGGCGAUGGUAGUGGCAUAUGCAUACCGGGCUAACUUGGUGGCGUACCUGUCGGCGCCAGCACCGGCAGUACCUCUGGACACCACGCAUCAGCUCCUUGCAAGCGGACUGACUUGGGGGGUUCGCGCAGGCGGUGGAUGGGAAGCCUGGUUCCAAGACUCUCCCGAUCCAGUGGCACGCCGUCUCGCCGACGGGAUGCAGUUCGUCAGGAGCUUCUCCGAGGGCGUAGAACGUUCACGACGGUCCCGCUUCGCCUUCAUCAACUCGAAGCAAUCGCUACAGUAUCUGGUGGUGACAGACUUCACUGACUCACGUGGCAUCGAGUCCAUGCACGUAUCCCGCGAGUGCUACAUCCCUUUCAGCGUAGCGCUUGGUCUACCCAAAUACUCUCCGCUCACCGGUAAACUAAACCAGAUGAUCCAACGUGCCAUCCAGGCCGGUCUCGUGGACAAGAUGUUUGACGAUGUCCUCGCAGGUGUACAACGUCGCCAAGGUUGUCGCGCGGCGGAGAGUCAGGGGCACACUGACGCGCUCUCACUCAAUCUAUCACAUAUGCAAGCACCACUUAGUCUUCUGGUACUCGGUCUUAUUGCCUCCAGUGUCGCAUUCAUGGUUGAGCUGCUCUUGGGUCGACUAAGACCAGUACGCGGCUGCAAGGAGAAGACCAUGUGGGCUACCCCCGUCGCUACAUCUCUUCCACCGCUGAGGCGAGAUGUUGGUUCAAAAAAUGGGAUCAAGGAUACAAGAAGAAGUUUGAGUUCGCAACCCUCCACUAGCCAAGGCAACUCGUGUGACGGGGACACAAAGACGGAAAAUACUACUCUCUGAAGACUGAUCGAUCAGAUGCGUAAAAGACAUUGACACUUGAGUUAUCUUUAUUUUCGAACCUCCACAGGGCUUUAAUGUGCCUGCGUUAUAUUUUACAUAACAUUUUGAGGCGACAGGUAGUGCCAGUCUGCGGACCAGUCCCAUCACGAAGUUUCUUCACUUUUCUUCU